AUGGAAUCGGAAAUCAAUAAGAUGCAAACGAAAAUUCCACCGAAAAACUUUUCCAUCGAAUCGAUUGUGGGGAUUAAUAAUCGUCGGUCGCCUGAAAUCGAUAUUGAGAAUAACAUUUCGCAGGAUUACACGGUGGAUAAUACACAUUCAGAAGAUGAGGAUGUUAAAAUUAGAGAGGGGAAAAUGGGAUAUUAUUUUCAACAAAGUCGUGUUCCAAAUUUUCCAUUCUUUAUGUCAUAUGAAAAACAAGCGAUGAGAAACGGCUAUCCGGAGGGGCAAGGACAGGAGGAUCUCAAACGAUCUAGCCCUUCGAGUAUACGGAGUGAAGUUGAUAGCGACGGCGCGGACGACAGACCGCAAGAAUCACUCAGCCCGCAGUCUGAACAAAUUACAAACUCCAAUACGGCACCUGAUCCCAAUAUAAGGAGGUACCGCACCGCUUUCACGAGGGAGCAACUCGCGCGUCUGGAGAAGGAAUUUAUGAAGGAGAACUAUGUGUCGAGGCCACGAAGGUGUGAGCUCGCCGCUCAGCUGCAACUGCCAGAAUCCACUAUUAAGGUAUGGUUUCAAAACCGACGUAUGAAAGACAAACGCCAGCGUAUUGCAGUGGCGUGGCCGUAUGCAGCAGUGUACAGCGAUCCGGCCUUUGCCGCUUCGAUACUUCAAGCGGCUGCGUCUUCUGUAGGCCUACCAUACGGAUACCCGUCCCCAGCACUCUUGCCACCUUUUCACAAUCCGCAACUUCUGCCCACCGGUUAUCCUUACCCGUACCCACCGUAUCCCCGGUAUCCUUAUAUUCCACCUACUCCCCCGUCUCCCGUCAAUGCCGAACCCUCGCAGUUACGGCCACCGUAUUCCAAUUUUAAUUUAAACGUGGACAAAUAA